GUCUGGGCCUGUCUGCGUUCUAAUAGCCAGCAAGUUCGUCGGCGCCGCCACUGCGUACCUCAGAAAGAGACACACAAACCACUGGGAGCUGGCAGGGUUCCUGAUUGGCUGCCAGGCUGUUGCUAUGGGGGGCCAGACUGCUCUCCUAUUGGUCUCUUUGCGGCUUGGUCCAUAGCAGCCGAGGGUAGCGUUCCUCGGUCGUUAUGGCGACAGACAGGAAGUAGGAGGCUGUUAUUUUUGAGGGACGGAGUAUUGUGCAGAAUGUGCUAUGAGUGCAGCGGUGCUGCUUAGACCCCGGCGCUCGACGUCGAUUCUGUCCGCUGCUCUGCUUUGACUGGUCAGGGAUUUGAUAAUCCCCAGGGGGAAAGAUUAUUAUGACCAGACAUGCUUUGAGAGGGAGGUGGAACGACACUAAGACAGACAGAGAGAGAGAGAGAGAGAGAAAGAGUGGAGGGGAGGGGAGAUGAUGAGGAUAUUUCCAUGUACAACUUGUGCUGACUUCUAAUCCAUUGCAGGCCUUUUCCACGGGGUCAGUGCAGGACAUGCUAACAGUAACAGACCGAUGAGCUGCAGGAUGAGCACUGAGGAGAAAUCUCACUUUCUCAUAAGUCGCAAUGAAGACAUUGAUGCGCUGGAUGAAAAACUGCUGGUGGAUUCUGUAGAUCCAUGUGGACAGGAGGCGUCCCCUAAUCUCCCAGCCCCUCUCCUUCCCCCACCCAGGCCCCGUCCUGCCUCCUUUCAUUGGCAUUUCUCUCUGUCCAUCACACUGCUGUCACCAUGACGUCCACGCUGCAGACCCUAGCCUUCAAGCUGGCUCCUCCUCCAAGAGAAGUGGGGCCAGAGCCAUUGGAUCCUUGUGAUGACGGGGCGGGACGUCGCUAUGAAGUGGUGCCAUCGGUGGUCUGCUCCAUGUGCUGUCUGUUCGGUAUCAUCUACUGCUUCUUUGGUUACCGCUGUUUCAAGGCCGUGCUUUUCCUGACCGGCCUGAUGUUCGGCUCAGUCAUCAUCUUCCUGCUGUGCUACAAGGAGCGGGUGCUGGACACACAGCUGAGCGUGGAGGCCAGCGUGGGCAUCGGCCUGGGCAUCGGCACGCUGUGCGGCCUGGUCACCAUGCUAGUGCGGAGCGUGGGCCUCUUCAUGGUGGGUCUGCUGCUGGGCCUGCUGGUGGGCAUCGGCACGCUGGUGGGCAUGGAGGAGCUGUCGUCUCAGCCGCCGCGCUCCGUGUGGGUGCCGCUGGGCGUGCUGCUGGGUCUGGGCAUGCUCUUCGCCGUGCUCACCCUGCAGUGGCAGCGCUGCUUCACCACCCUCUCUACGGCCGUCUUCGGGGCAGCCGUCAUCACCGUGGCCGCCGACUAUUUCGUGGAGCUGUUCGCCCUGGUGCGCUACGUGUACGAGCGGGUGAAGGCGGCGCCAGCGCAGCCGCAGUGCUGGGUCACCUGGGUGAUGCUGGGGGCCUGGCCCGCUCUCGCCCUGCUGGGGGUGCUAGUGCAGUGGAGGGUGACCGCCGAGGGCUACUCCCACACUAAAGUGAUGAUCAGCCGGCAGCAGCGGCGGGUGCAGCUGAUGCGGAUCCGGCAGAAGGAGGAGAGGAGAGAGAGCAGCAGGAAGAAGCGAAGGAAGCAGCAGUCACAGCACUCGCACCACACACACGCAGCCAAAGCCAUGCACCCGGAGCCGGCCUACCGCAGAAAACCCAACCCCGUCCGCCGAUACGACGGAGACGUCCUCUCCCCGAGCUACAUCCAGAGUUUCCGUGACCGGCAGGUGGACGGCAGGUACCCCGGAGCCAGACUGUCUGGGGCGCACACUGCUGUGGACAUGGACUAUGACUGCGGCUCUACUGUACCGCUCACAGCUGGAGCUGGACCCAACCUCCGAGUGUGACGUGUACACACACACACACACACACACACACACACACUCACACACACACACACACACACAGAGAAACACCCUCACACUCUCACACAUGUUGACACACUCAUCUCUCUGUCGUGGUGCUGUUCCUGACUUCAGAUUCUACACAGCCCUACACCAACUGCCUCCUUCUUCUUCUCAGUCAGUGUGUGGUUUGGAGAACUGUAUAGAGUGAGUGGCACACUGCAGGUCUGAGCAUGUUACUUAAGGACCGUGGGUGUACUCAAGACACGCAGGCACAGAAACACCCUAGCGGCACAUACGUGCACACACACCUACACUCUAAUGCUGUGUGUGUGCCUGAGCUGUGGCACCUUGUCCCCCAAAAAUAUUCUUAGUGCAAUGAAGCGAGCGACUAUAAAAGAAAUAAAUCUGGGCCCGGUUACAUCACAUCGUUUUAUACAUGACGUCAACGUGGCAAAACAGUGUGAUAAGAAUCCAUAAAUGUUCGAUGUCCGUCCUGCAUUAUUGCGUUUUUCUUUUUCUCGUGAGGAAGUCAUCUCCUGGUGCUGAAACUUUUUGUCUUUGUAACAUUAAAGCUGCCCUUUGCCCUCCCAUUUCUCUUUGUAAAUCUGUGGAUCCUACCAGUCGGUGUCUGUACCGUGAUUAUAUCCCACAUUCUUGCCCUGGACUGUACCAAAUAGCUGUGUAUGGUAGGGGAGGGGUUUGCCUUGGGGGGAGGCUCCAGCGGGAGGUUGUCUCAGGAGAAUCUGCUCCUUGGCCUUGUUUCAAAGAGGCUGCAGGGGAAAGAGCCAUAUUACUGCAGACCAACUGGUCCUCUCUGGGACUUGCGAUGGCUGGUGGUGAUAGGAGGAUUAGAGGCAAAGGAAUAAAAACAGAAGAACAAGAAGAGCUACUCAGGGACAGCCGGAACAGCAUGAACUGUCAAAAAAAAUGGACCUGGCAAUAUGAUCCUAGGACCAGCUGGAGGAUUUUGGGGGAAAAAAGAAAGUGAAGACUGAAAACGCAGGAUUUUUUUCUCUGUUAUCGACAAAUCCUCCACGAUAGUUCACUCAUUGCUGUGUUUUUGAAAUCGUUUUGCAGUGCCAUCUAACGUCUUUGGUGACGCCUUGUAGGUCUUAAGAGCGGGCUGGGAAAACAGGCUCCAGAGGGUCAUGAUUGAACUUCACGCAGAAAGAAAUCCUCGUCCACUGGGCCAGAAAUAGAUCGACGCGACGCUGUCCUUCCCACAUUUCAAGUCUCUUUGAUAAACACAAAAAGUUCAUCUGUAUAUCCGUUUUUUAUUUUCAUUUUUAUUUUUUUCUAAGGAAUAUUCCAGCGAUUAUUACUGUCUGCUGCAUCUAUUAAAACACGACUGAUUAUUGCAAUUAUUUUGACCCUGUACUUUAAUAAAGGAGCCAAAAAAAAACCCGCUGACUGAAGCAACUGCCCAUCGUCUUCUGUUAAGCUGUUUUAAGUUUGGUUCUUUGUGAGUACAGGUAACCACGUCAGAACUAUUGCUCAUAAUAAUCAUCCAUACGCUAUAGAUGCAACAGACAGAGGCUGCAAAUCACUGAAGUAUUCCUUUAAUUCCGCAAUACGUCUCAGCAAAGCUGUUACGCUUGUUUGUACAUAGCAUAUGCACAUUUAGUAUAGCCAUCUCCACAUUGCCUUUCCUAUUUAUUUGAUUUGAGUUGAUUAUAUUGUGGACUAUUUUUUAAUUAUAGAUAUUUUUUAAUUUAUAGGAGCCUGAGCCCCGCUGGGCGAGUGGAUGGAUAUGUUUAUUUAUUUGUUUGGUUGUUUAUUUAUUUGCUGAGAAAUGCUUUAUUUACCAUGUCCUGUCUGACAGCAGAGUUUGGUCACAAAGAACUGGAGGAACAGUUCUCAUCAGGCCAUAAAACCUAUGACAAUCUACCAUUAUUCUUCUUCUUAUUAUUACAAAGCAUGUGUUUGUAUGGGCCUGGAUAUUAUGAUAAACAAUGUGAUUCCAAAA